AUGGGGCACAUUUUGGCGACUUAUAAAGAUCCGAGUUCAAUGCCCGAUAUAUCAAAGGGGCCGAAGUUUGAUCAGCUUCAAGGUUUUCCAAAUGGACGAAAAAAGCGCGUUUCAUUGGUUAGUGUCCGUUUUCUCAUUUCGAUCACAACCACUGACGACGUUUCGGAGGAAGAAAUGCUCGCGGCUGGUCUAAGGCCGCAUCAACGGGACUACUGCGCUCAUGUGCUGAUGGCAUUCCAGAAAUGCAAGGCGGAAAACUUCGUCGCGGCGUUUUCAUGUUCGGAAUUACGCCACGAAUAUCUUCGUUGUCACCAAGCGGAUCAAUUAUUACGCAGAAAAGAAUACGAACGGGAACGACGUUUGUUAGCUAAAGAACAUGAAAGCUUNUGA